CUGCAUUGGAUCCUUCGCCCAAGUGGGUUUCUUUCUUUCACAACACUCCUUAUUUUCAUUCUCUCCCAUAAACAAACACUUCCAUAUAAGCUAAAUUCCAAACAAAGCUUAAAGAAUUUAAAUCUUUGUGUUUCUAUUUGAACAUCAUUUCUUUUUUCUCUCUUAAUUACCUUAGCUCUUCUUGUCUGUUUGUUUAUUCUUAUAUAUAUUACUAGUUUUUACUGUCUUCUUCUUCUUCUUCUUCUUCCUCAGAAUUCUGAGUUUUAGGUUGAUCUGUUGACUGUGUUUGAUUAUUUGUUACCGUUUCUUGAUUUUUUUUCUUGAUGUUUUCUCAAUUAAAGCCGCUUUCGCUAAUGGGGGUAUCAAAUUCUGAAAUGCUUAUAUCCGAGAAGGAUUUGAAUUCCAUGGAAUUCAAUUUCCUUGUAAGACCUUCAUUAGAAUUUGAAGAGAAGUGUGAAAUUGCAUCCUCACAAGACUGUAUUAAUGAUGAUGGUAAUGAUCUAGAGCUAAAUCCAAAAGAACGAGAACAAGAACAAGAAAAGGAAGAGGAAGAAGAAAAAGAUCGUAAAUGCAAGUUAUUGGUUUCUGCUUUAAAGAUAGAAUUGCCAUCUUUAGAAGAAGUCAAGAUCAACCAAGACGAUGAUGAUGGAUUCAAGACUCCAACAUCUUUGGAUCAAAAAAUUCCAAUUAUCCUUCCAUGUCCACCUGCACCAAGAAAACCUAAAUCCCUGCCGACAAAUAAAAGAAAAUCUCUGGCCCCACCUGGCCGGAGAGUUCUUCUUGAUCUGUCAAAUGAGAUUGAAUCUUUGUUUCCUCCAUCUCUUCGAGCCGAUCUUGGUGGGAAGAUUAAGAAGACUAGACAAGAGAAUGAAUUCAAGGUUACAAGUUAAUGAAGUACAUGUAUUUUUCUUUUUAUUUUUUUGUGAAGUUAAUUAGUUAAUCGUUAGUUAACUAUGUCUUUCUUUAACUUCCAUUUCUUGAUUGCAGAAAAUUCCCAAAAGAAAUGCUAUCCUAUCUAUGAAAAUUUAACUUUCGCGUUUUGAUUUCCAA